AUGAUUGCUGGUGAUGAAGAGUUAGCAUCUGAUGGUGAAGGGAUUAUUGCUAGUGAUGAAGAUUUAUUUUCUGAUGGAGAAGAGAUGGUUGAUAGUGAUGGAGAAAUGCUUUCUUACCCAAUCCUACAAGAAACAAGAGAACUCAAAAAUGAAGAACGGGUAGCUGUCUACCAAUUUUUAUUGAGGAAGAGCGUGAAUGGAAAACUAAAAAGGGGUUCCUAUAAGAUUGCUGCUAGAAUUUUCAAGACGUCAUAUUGGACUGUGCAGCGCAUAUGGCAGCGAGCAAAAGAAAAUCAAGAUCCCAAUAUGCCGAUUGAUGUAUCUUCUAGGAAACCAAUAAGAGUCCGCCGCAAACGUAUCCAAAUUGAUCCAGAUAAGGUACUAGGAGUUCCAUUGCGUAAACGUACUAAUAUUCGAGUGUUUGCUGCAGCUAUGGGAUUGUCAAAAUCAACAUUACAUUUGAGGGUCAAAGAAGGAAAGCUCAAGCCACACACAAGUUCUAUGAGGCCACGCUUAACUGAUGAAGGGAAACAAAAAAGGUUACGUUACUGUAUAAAAAUGCUUGAUACAAUUGCACGUCCUCGAUUUGAUUCAUUUGGGAAUGUACUUUUUGAUGGAAAAAUUGGCAUUUGGCCACGGGUACGUCUAGUACCAGCAGUACGAAGCAGUAAAAAUAGAAAAGCUGGAACACUUGAAACAAAACCGAUUGAUCCGGUGGAUAGAAAAGUUUCAUUGGAGUUUUUAACCCAAAAAGUUCUACCUGCAAUCCGUGCUAAAUGGCCUACUUCAAAUACGAGGACCAUUUACAUUCAACAAGAUAAUGCAAAGCCUCAUGUUUUGAAAGAUGAUCCAGUAUUUAAGCAAGCGGCAGCAAUCGAUGGGUUCGACAUUCGGCUUAAGACUCAGCCUCCAAAUAGUCCAGAUUUGAAUACUUUGGACCUUGGCUACUUCAAUGGGAUUCAGGGCAUACAACAUAUAGCGGCUCCUAGUAACAUUGAUGAGCUAAUUGCAGCUGUCACAGAUGCUUACAAUAGUAUGUCAGCGCACACUCUCAAUAAGGUUUUUUUGACGCACCAAUUGUGCAUGGAAGAGGUUCUAAAACGUCGUGGAGAUAACAAUUAUGAACUGACGCACAUAGGGAAGGACAGAUUAGAGCGUCAAGGUAAUCUUCCUUUGUGCAUUCAGGUGGAUAAAGGUCUUGUUCACGACGUAUUGGUGGAACGUAAUAUGAUGCCUGAAUUCUGGUCUACUCUUGAACAAAGCGUUGAGGGUUCACAGUGA